UCCUGGAGGGAAAGGGGUCCUCGCAGAGGGGGGAGGGGCUGGGAUCCGCGGGAGGGAGGGAGGCCCCCCAAGGAGGAAGCGGAAGAAGAACCCCCCAGCAGCAUCAGGAGGAGGACCCCUUUAGCAGGAGGAGCCGGUGGGGCAGCCGGGAGAGGGAGCCCCCCUCAUGGGAGCAGCCGCCUCCAGCCAAAGCCCCCCGGAAAUCCCACUGGGGGGCAGCCCCAAGAGGGAAGCGGGGACGCGGGUGCUGCUGACUCCGCCAAGGCAGAGCAGCCCCGAGCAGGGGCCCCCCCACAGGCCGCGGGGCUGGGGGGAGUGGGACUCAGCCAGGCACGGGGUCCGCUCCCCCGGCAGCCCCCCUCGGGGUGGGAGCUGGUGGGGUGAGGCUGAGAGGAGGCGUGGGGAGAGCCCCGGCCGAGAGGAAAGGGGGCGCGGGAGGCAGGCCGAGGAGGGACCCCGGGACGAGGCGCCCUGGGGCGGCUCGGAGCACGGGGGCGUUUUGGGCAGCCUGGAGCGGCUGGCAUGGGAGCAGGGUGGGGACCAGUGGAGGAACCCCGACUGGGUCAAGGACCAACCCGCCACCCUCGCCAGGGGCGGAAGCCCCGCAAGGUCCGACCGGCAGCACAGCCAGAGCAGAGACCCCGACGGCUGGGGCAGCUCUGCCAGUUUCCAGAGCGGGUGGGCGGCCGACGGAACCGAGGAGGGCACCCCCGAGAUGGAGGAGGAGCUGGGGUGGGACGCUGCCGGAGAGGACGGUGUGCCAGCAGGCUCAGACGGCGCCCACCCCACCCCGCAGGAGUGGACGCCGUGCCAGGAGGUGGUGGACUACUGGACGAGGGCGUGCCGCACCUGCCUGAGCUUCCGCCAGAGGAGGAGGCUCAUGUUGUCCUGCCCGCGCCCCACCUUGCCCGACCGGAGCCACGAGACGCCCGCCCUCAACGCCGACAUUGCCAGCCUGGGCGUUGCGCCGCAGCAGAGGGCAGAUCUGGUCGAUGCCCAGAAACUGGGCUGGCUCCAGGACGAGGUUCUGGACACGCUGGCCCCGGCCAUGAGCGUCUACGAGAUGGCCGAAGAGGCCCUGGAGAAGCGGGCGCCUGUGGACCCCCUGGAAUUGCGGGAGUGCGCCCAGCGCCUCCUCCGCCUCCUGGGCAGCCUGAGCGCCCGGCUGACCCUCCAACGCCGCGUCAAGGCCCUGCGCGCCAUCAACCCCCGCCUGCAGUCCAUCUGCUCCAAGAUGACCAGCCGCAAUUGCAACGGGAUGCUCUUUGGCGAGGACAAAGUCCAGCUCCUGAAGGAGCUGCUGGCCAGAUUCCCCCAGCUCACCCAGAACAACACCACCUACAAGCGGACCCGCACUCAGCGCCGGAAGAGCAAGGUGUACAGUGGCCAGCCACCCCAAGGCGCAGGAACUCAAGGUGGUGGAAUGCUAUGCUUCAAGGAGGAGUUCCAGCAGACGGACACCAUCUCACAAGGAGAAGAUGCCGCCACCACCUGCUGCCCCACUUGCACCCCAAGACCUCCUGUCGUCCCCCCCCAACCGCGCCAGGAGCAAAGCGGAGAAGGAAGAGGGGCCCCCGCCACUGGUGACCUCUCCCGUGGCCUCUUUGGGGGGCCCGGCCAGUUUGGGGGUUUCGGCGACCCACAGCCACCCCACGCCGAGUGGUGGGGGGCGGAAGCAGGACCUGCGGCUGCCCAAGAGGAGACCCCCAGGGAGACGCUACCAGUGCUCUGGGGACGGCUGCCGCUUGGCCUGCCGCAGCAUGAAGGAGCUGCUGGAUCACAUUCGGGUUCAUUAUCGGCCCACACAGUCGAUGGAGGGGAAGAUUUUCCGCUGUUCCUCCCCGGGCUGCGUGGAAUCGUUCCCCAACAUGCAAGUUCUCAUGGAACACAUCAAGGUGCACUACAAGCCCAACCGCUACUUCAAGUGCGAGAACUGCAUGACGCGUUUCCGGACGUACCGGUCCCUCUUCAAGCACCUCCACAGUUGCUCCUCCGCCGGAACCGCCGCCGGUGCUGCCGCCGCCGCCGCCGACACCCCGCCCCUGGCACCGGAGAAGCCCCUCCCGGAAAAGGAGCCCCCCGGGAAGCUGCUGGAGGUCCUCCCCAAACUGCAGACGGUCAUACAGCAGCUCAGGAAGCCAGCCAUCCUCCCCGGCCAGAUGGAGGCCCCGCCGCCGGUCCCCGACCCGCUCCCUGCCGGCCCCCUGGGGCCCUUGCCUGCCCUGCCCCCGGGGCCCCACGCCUUUCCUCUGCUGGAGCCCUCCCUCUUCGGACCCCCGCCACCCCUGGCCAGGUUUCCAGGGCCGGCUCCCCACACGCUCCCGGGACCCUUCCUGCCUUACGUCCAUCCGGGGAGCUACGCCUUGCCUCCCGCCGCCGUCCAGAGCCGCCUCCGUCCCUUCCUGCCGGGACAGGGACUCCCCAUCUCCAACGCCGUCUGGAAGAAAAGCCAGGGGCACUCCUCCAACAGCCGCAUCGUGUGGGAGCACACGCGGGGGCGCUACAACUGCCUGCAGUGCUCCUACUCGACGGCGUCGCGGGAGGAGGUCACCCAGCACGUCGAGGACCACCGCAAGAACCCCUCCCCGCCCGGGCGCCUGGACGGAGAAAUGGACUUUGGGGUGGGGCUCCCCUCGUUCCACCCCCGACUGACGCCGGAAGUGGAGAACACCCUCUUCUCCCCGCUGUGAGGCUUCCACGGUGCUGACCCCCCCUCGUUUUGUCACCAUCUUCAUCCCCCCUUUUAAGGUGCAGUGAGGAUGGUGGGGGGGGGGUCCUGGCUCCUCCCACCCCCCACCCCCCCAAAAAAGGGGUAGAGGGUGCAGACACCCCCAGGAGGUCUUUCCUCUCCAACCCCCCACAGAAUGCGUGCGCAUAAAUGGAUGGUGUUUGAUGGGAAGGGGGUUGAAAUUUAAUUAUUGUUGAUAUUAAUUUAAUCUAGAACUUUUUCCGGUGCAUUCUUCUUCCCUCUUUUUUCUCCCCUCCCCCCAAAAAAUGGUUUCUCUUGCUUUAAAGGCAAAAUGCUCAUCCCCCCCCCCGUUCUCUUGGUGAGGAGACCUCCAGCCCCUCCUUCCCUAAAGCCGAUGAUCAGGUUUGCUCAGGUUUGUUAUAGUGGGCUAUUUGCUGCUUUUGCAAAAAAACACAAAAAACCAGAAAUAAAAUGGGGAUUGUACAGAAAA